AUGGAGAGGUUUGAGGACUUGCAAGUGGUAGGGUACAGUUGCGACAUCUACGAUGAUCCACAAACAGCCUUGCGACUCGAGAAGGAAGAGCAUCUCCUGUUGUGGAUGGAGAACAAGGAGGAGAACCUUUGGAUCGAUAGAUAUGACGCUAGGUUGUUACUUGAAGAUCGAAACUUAUUUGCAAAGUCUAACAGCAAGAUCUCUGCACUGUCCACAAAGGAGGUUGAAGAAGAGGAUAUGAUAGACGAGGAAAGAUAUCGAGAUCUCCCUCCUGGCGAUGGGAGUGAAAUCUUUGACACCCCUAAAGUCGUCGAGAAGGAGGAGCCUGAACCGAUCCAAGAUGCCGAGAGGACGCAGAGCAAGGGCAACGAGUACGGAAGAGUUCACUUCUCUUUCUCUGAUCCUCAACCCAAACCCGAAGUCAUCACUCCUGUCCCUGAGGAGAUCGCCAAGUUCGCUGCUGGCUGGUUGACGGACCUGCCUCCUGGUAGUAUGCUUCCACGAACCUACAAACAGCACCAGGUCAUUGAGCACACGGCGAAAUUCGUUCUCAAGCAGGGUACAAAGAUGGAGGCGAUGUUGAAAGUGAAGCAUGGUGGGAGCCCCGCAUUUCAAUUCCUGCUGAUCGACAAUCCUCUUCAAAAGUACUACAAGGCUGUUCUCUCCUACCUCCGAGUUUGUCCUGAAGCGGCUGAACUGCCGACCCUUCUCCCGUCAGUGUCGUCGGACGUUACCAAUGCCGAGAAUGUUAGUGAGAGUUCCAGUGCAGGAGCUCAGAGGGAAGAGAAGGAAGAAUCGAAUGCCAAGGGUGAACCGAAAGAGCCGAGCAAGAAGCCGGCGGAAACAAUCAUCCAUACCAGCUCGACCAGCGCUGCGGCAACUCAAAGUCAACUCGAUCUGGCGAGCAGCUCAAAGCCGACCGAGCCCUCAAGGCCGCCUGAAGAGAUUUACAAGACGAUAGAGAAGCUGGUAGAAUGGAUCAGGAAGAGUGGCAUCGAGUUCGAGGCUAAGGUGAGGGAGAAACAGAAAGGUGACCCCCGAUUCGACUUCCUCUUACCCUGGAACCCUUACAACGCUUACUACCGCUAUCGACUUUCAAGCGUGAUGGCAGAGAGCAGCUUGUCGUCAACGAACGGGAACGAGAAGAACAAGACUGAAGGAGCUUCGCAGCCGACUAGGCAAGACAGCCAAGACGAGGACCCGCAUAAGAUCACGACAGUAGAAGCGAUCACGAGCUUCGGUGGCGAAAGUCAGUCAGCAUCAGCGGCUGUGGUGGACAAGGAAGGGGCUGCAGGAGAAAAAGAGGAUGAGCAGAGCGAGCAAAAGAAGGAGGAAAACCUGACGCCAGCUGAAAAGAAAGCGCUGAGGCUGCAGAAAGCGAAGAUGAUGGCGAAGCAGUUCGAGGAGAAGCUGAGAAGCAGCGGACUCAUGUCGGGCUCGCCGAAUUCCGACAUGUCCAGCAGCAAGGAAGGAGAUGAGGAAGUGAAGCAGCUGGACGAGGAAGGUACAGGGCAAGACACCAAUGCAAACAGAGCAAGCGAUGAAGAAGCCAAGGAUGAGGGGGAAAUCGAGAGGCGAGUCUCUUUGCUCACACUCUUCUGA